CGCGGCGGAGGACGGCGGAACUCGGAGGGCCGAGAACCCCGCGCACCGCUCGCCUCCCCAGGGCUUUGGGAAACUUGAGUUCUUUGGGGACAAACGGGUUAACGUGCAGACUGCGAGGCAUCGUAACUCUCCACGGGAUGAGCGAAGUUGCUAACUUUUCCAUUCUUGGAAGUGAGAGGAUCCGAGUCUUAGUCUUGAGCUGGACUGGCCAUUAUGGAGGAGGACCUGCAGCAUACACAUUGUGUGAAUUGUGUCAGCAGACGGUGUAUGACCAGGCCAGAGCCUGGCAUCUCCUGUGACUUGAUUGGUUGUCCAUUGGUUUGUGGAGCAGUUUUCCACUCUUGUAAAGCUGAAGAGCAUCGACUUUUAUGUCCAUUUGAACGUGUGCCUUGCUUAAAUAGUGACUUUGGAUGCCCAUUUACCAUGGCUCGAAACAAAGUUGCUGAACAUCUAGAAAUGUGUCCUGCAAGUGUGGUGUGCUGUACUAUGGAGUGGAACCGAUGGCCAGUGAGCUAUGCGGACCGGAAGUCAUAUGAAAAUCUAAGCAGAGAUGUUGAUGAAGUGGCACAAUUAGAUAUGGCCUUGGCCCUACAAGACCAAAGAAUGCUCUUAGAAUCUCUCAAAGUAGCCACUAUGAUGUCAAAAGCAACGGAUAAAGUAUCUGAACCUAGGGAACAAAUGUCAGUUAAAUCAAGUGUCCCAGAAAUACCACGUACUAAUGGUUUGGUGUCUGUUGAUGAAGAAUCUUAUGGUGCACUUUAUCAAGCUACUGUAGAAACAACCAGAAGUUUGGCUGCGGCUUUAGAUAUCUUGAAUACUGCCACAAGAGAUAUUGGCAUGUUGAAUACAAGUCCUUGUGCUACCCCAAAUGAAAUGGAUGAAGAAAAAAACUCCAGAGAAAGCUUACAGGAUAGAAACUUAAAAGACCAGGACCAUCUUUAUGAGGAUGAGAUAGGGGCAGUAGGUGGAAUUGACCAGAAUGCCACAAGUCAGAAUGCUCAGUCUGAACAAAAUGGUUCCAGUGAUUUAUUAUGUGACUUGAAUACAAGUUCUUAUGGCACUUCUGCUCUUUGUAAUGGCUUUCCUUUGGAAAAUAUAUGUCCACAGGCGAAAGACCAGGAUCAACGGAAUAACUUAAUAAAUGGAGAAUGUGAGGCAUCAAAUGGUACUUUAGAACCUUCCAGUUCACUGUCAUUAGCAGCGCAACUUAGGGAAGUCGUGCCACCCAGUGCUUUGCCUAAUGGCACAGUUCAGCAUAUCCUCAUGCCAGAUGGUGAAGAUGAAGGUGAACUGUACUGGAGAAAAGUGGACUUAGGGGACUUGAGAAAUGUGGAUGUGUUAUCAUUCAGUCAUACUCCUUCAUUCAAAUUUCUUUCUAAUUCAUGUUGGUCUAAACCAAAGGAAGAUAAAGCAGUAGAUACAUCAGACUUGGAAGUUGCAGAAGAUCCCAUGGGCCUUCAAGGAAUAGAUCUGAUUACAGCAGCCUUACUCUUUUGUCUAGGAGAUUCUCCAGGUGGGAGGGGUAUAUCUGAUAGUCGCAUGGUUGAUGCUUAUCACAUUGACUUUGGGACACAGACUUUUUCACUUCCAUCUGCAAUAUUAGCUACAAAUACAAUGGUUGGAGAAAUAGCUUCUGCUUCAGCUUGUGAUCAUGCUAAUCCACAGCUUUCAAAUCCAAGUCCUUUUCAGACCCUUGGACUGGAUUUAGUAUUGGAAUGUGUUGCUAGGUACCAGCCUAGGCAGCGUUCAAUGUUUACCUUUGUGUGUGGACAGUUAUUUAGAAGAAAAGAAUUUUCUUCACAUUUUAAGAAUGUGCAUGGUGACAUUCAUGCUGGACUCAAUGGCUGGAUGGAACAGAGGUGUCCUCUAGCUUAUUAUGGUUGCACCUUUUCUCAGCGAAGAUUUUGUCCAUCAACACAAGGAGCAAAAGUUAUACAUGACCGUCAGUUGAGGUCAUUUGGAGUUCAGCCAUGUGUAUCUACAGUAUUGGUAGAGCCUGCUAGAAACUGUAUGUUGGGAUUACAUAGUGACCAUCUAAGUGGUCUUCCUUUUGAGGUCCUACAACAUAUCGCGGGGUUUCUUGAUGGCUUCAGUUUAUGCCAACUCUCGUGUGUGUCCAGAUUAAUGAGAGAUGUGUGUGGCAGUCUACUUCAGUCUCGAGGAAUGGUCAUUCUGCAGUGGGGGAAAAAGAAGUAUCCAGAAGGAAAUUCAUCAUGGCAAAUAAAGGAAAAGGUAUGGCGAUUCAGUACUGCAUUUUGUUCUGUUAAUGAAUGGAAAUUUGCUGACAUCUUAAGCAUGGCUGACCACUUGAAGAAAUGCAGUUACAAUAUUGUUGAGAAACGAGAGGAAGCCAUCCCAUUGCCAUGUAUGUGUGUGACUCGAGAACUCACUAAAGAAGGACGUUCACUGCGCUCAGUUUUAAGACCUGUACUUUAAAAACUAACUUGCACAUACAUGCAAGCACUUGGUAUAAAUUCUUUAUAAUAUGUGACACUUUAUUAAUGUAUUAAAGAUUACAACUAGCAAAAUUUUUUGUCACUGUGUAUAUAUAAUGUUUUGAAGUGACAUAUAUUUUUAUAAAGUAGUUGGAAAAAAAAUUGCCUUAAUGUUUGAAAUGUGUGAAAUUUUUGGAACUUGCUGGACAGGGUGAUUUAAUCUUUAGCUAUAUUCAGAAUUAGUAUUUUUCAUGGUGUGCAUAUUUUGGUUCUUUAAUUUUUUUCUUCUUAAAAUUAACAAGAUCCUGACCAAACAAUUUACUCCUCAUGUUUUCAGUGGGUUGAAACCCAUGCAAUCAAAAUGUAAAACUUUGAAUCAAAUUUUGGCAGCAUAGGUUUUUUUUAGGUAAACAUUUUCAGUUGCUUAAGUACUGCCAUAUAAGAUCAUUAUAAAGCACUCCCCUUCAACAGUAUAUGUGAUUUCUACUGUAUGGUGAUCAAAAAAUAUGGUGAACGUUUACAUUUAAAAACAUUUAUGAAAUAAAGACAUUGCCAUCAUUCUUCCAUUCUGCAUUUUAAGUGUCCUUAGUUGGGCUGUUAUGACCACCUAAAUCAGUUCAACAUGUUUACCUUCAUAGUUAUUUUAACUUUGGGGAAGAGCCAUACGUUGCAUGGUACCAGAUCUGGUAUAUAGGGUGGAUAGGACACAGUGUAAUGCUUUUAUGAACUUGCCUUUUUGGCAGCAGCAGUCACUGUACGUUUUGAUCACCCUUGUAAAGAACACACAAAAGAAGACUUCUUGGAGUGCUUCAGAAAUUGGCAAGAAUGAUGGGAUCAGUAUGUUUGAAGCA